AUGUCGUUGAAGCUGAAAUCUAAAACUCGCAAAGCGUUGAAUCCUGUGACCACAGCUACACCAACAGGAACAUCCUCUUCCGUAGAAGAUUCCUCAGUCUUCAUUGCAGUUCCUCCUCAACAGCAGAAAAUAAGAGUUCGUUUCUUUCCCGGUGAUGGACCCAAUACUGCAGUUCUUGUACCAAAAUUUCAAAACUAUGCUCAAGCUCGCACGGUCAGUGCAGAUGCUGGUCGUCUCUCGAAAGGUUAUCAUUCAAAAGUUAAUAUUGAAGCAACAUUGAAUCAGAGUGGACGCAUACAAUCCUUGGAAUUAGUUCCAACAGCUUCUGCAUUAAUCAUUAAAAAGUUGAAUGAAAAGAGAACAUAUUUUGGAAAACAUGUAGCCUUGUCUAAACAGAGUCUUUCAAUGGAGGAAGUGUUGGAAAUUGCACAAUUGAUGAGACCUCGAUCAAAAGCCAAGAAUCUUAAAGGAGUGGUACGAGAAGUAUUGGGAAGUUGUGUUUCGUGUGGUUGUUUAAUUGAAGGAAAAUCUCCAAAAAGUGUGUUGGAUGACCUAUUCUAUGGUGUUGGAAAGUAUGUUUUUGAUGAAGAAGGAAAUCGUUUGAAAACAUUCACAGAGGAACAAGAAGUACACGAUGAAGAAAAUGAUGUGAAUUUGAAAUCGAUGUGA